AUGGGUGAUGUUGAGAAGGGCAAGAAGAUUUUUGCCCAGAAAUGUGCCCAGUGCCAUACCGUGGAAAAGGGAGGCAAACAUAAGACCGGACCAAAUCUCUACGGUCUCUUUGGACGAAAGACAGGUCAGGCUGCUGGAUUCUCUUACACGGAUGCCAACAAAAACAAAGGCAUCACUUGGGGAGAGGAGACACUCAUGGAGUACUUGGAGAAUCCCAAGAAGUACAUCCCUGGAACAAAAAUCAUCUUCGCUGGCAUCAAGAAGUCAGAAAGAGCAGAGUUGAUAGCUUAUCUCAAAAAAGUGACUAAUGAGUAA